GCAACAACACUGCUCAGUUGCGUUGGUCGCGUCCACUGCGUUUCGGUUUCGAAAAUAACGCAACGCUCGCAGUAUUCCAUUGAACUUUGUCGACGAUGGGGGAUCUAAUAGCCGAAGUACGCAAAAGAGAAUUUUUGUGGAAUAAAAAGAAGAUACCAUUGGGCAAAAGAAAAAGAACUACAGAAAAACUAUGGCAAGAAGUAGCGGACGCGUGUAGUAUUUCAAAAACUGUAGCCAAAACUCGAUGGCGAAGUAUACGUGAUCAAUUUCUCAAAGAGGUAAAGAAGGUGCCAGUGUACAGCUCCGGUGAAUCCUAUUAUAUCCAGGAAAACAAGAAAUCCAAAUAUACUCAUUUCAAUAACUUAAUCUUCCUACUGGAUACGGACACGCCAAGACAGAAAGUUAUCGAGAUUAAGCCAGAAUCCAUAAUAGGUAUUCGCUCUUCCGAGACUAGUAAUUCGUGGGAUGAUUCCAAAAGUAUGGCGGAGGAUUUUCCACAUCCUCUACCAAUGCCUCAGCCUGAAAAUUUACCCCAAUCUACGAGUACAGACAAUACAAUUACAAGCAUUGGAAAGGUGUACGCAUUGGAGGAAGAUCUUGAUCCGAAUUUGUGUGAAGUAAUAUGGAAAGAAGAGUCCGACGCAUUGGUAUUCGAUGAAAUCAAAAAUCAAAGCGAUGAUGGUGUGCCGCGAUUCGGAAUGAUAAAGUCUCAACCCGCAAAUCCAACCUAUAGUGGCAGCAUAAGAGUUUGCCCUCAAGAAGGCGAUAAUAAAGCCGAUGUGCCGCACUUGAAGGAUAAUUACUACAAAUGCCCAGAUAUAAGAGUAGCACUAGAACUAGAAAAUCAAACUCAGUCCGAAAAUUGCACUGAGGAGAAUGAGAAUUUACUAUUUUUACGGUCACUUUUGCCUUAUAUGAAUAAGAUGGAUCCAAUGCAGCAAUUUCGCGUGCGCAUGCUUUUGGCCAAUAAUAUUGCAUUUCAUUUCCUUUUAUCUCCGCACGAUAAUAAAUAGUUUAACUGUCAUUUAUAAUUAGAUACAUAUGUAAUCGCAAAUAAUAGCCCAGUUAUGCAUAGCUUUGCAUGAGAGU